GAGAUUGAUCAGCCAUGGUUGAAUGGUGGAGUAGACCUGACGGGCCGAAUGGCUUAAUUCUGCGGCUAUGCUUUAUGAAGGUUACUGAUGACUAACCAGGCCUGUUUCACGUGCUGUUCUGUACAGGAGAUCUACGGUUACCGAGCGUGCUGCUGCCGCAGAGCCCUGUGUACAACAGCGACUGUCCUGUCCGCUGGCUUUCUGCUGCUGCUCUUCUACUGGAAGCCGGAGUGGGAUGUGCGGGCUCAGUGUGUGCGCUGCCUGUUACAGGAAGCCGACACUAUCCUCCUCAGGACCACCGAUGAACAUAAAGCCUGGACCAAGAAGAAAAUAAAGUGGAUGGACUUGUCCUUGCUCAGUAAAGCAACAAAUGGUCCCCAAUAUCCCGACCUAUCUGAUGAGACAUCUUUGCUGCAAAGAAUUAUCAUGAAACCAGAGUCUAAAGUACGGUAUUUUGAAAUUCAAAAGUUAAGGUACAUCUGGGACUUUAAAGAAAAACAAUUUGUUAGACCAGGAGAUCUGGAAGAGAGACAUACUUGUGCAGAUAUUCAUCACAAAUUUGGAUGUGGACUAAGUAUGACAGAGGUCAUCACCAGGAGAUUAAUAUAUGGACCGAAUACAAUUGAAAUACAGAUUUCUCCAAUCUGGAAGCUGCUUUGUAAAGAGGUCUUGAAUCCAUUUUAUAUGUUUCAAAUAUUCAGCGUGUGUCUCUGGCUAUCUGAGGACUACACUGAAUAUUCCAUAGCACUCAUCAUCGUGUCUUUCAUCUCCCUCGCUUUGUCCGUGUACGAUGUCCAACAGCAAUCAAUAAAACUAUACAGACUAGUGGAAUCCCAUAAUAACAUGACGGUCACAGUCUACAGGAAAAAUACAGGGUAUGAGGAGGUGCCGUCCUGUGAGCUGGUUCCCGGUGAUGUCUUCAUCAUCAGCGGCAACAAGCAAGUGUUGUGCUGCGACUCCGUGCUGAUCCAGGGCGGCUGUAUUGUUAAUGAGGGCAUGCUCACAGGUGAGAGUAUUCCCAUCACCAAGACUCCAUUACCCAACGUCGCUGCCCACAGUUGCUGGAACGGAGUGACUGAGGAGCACAGGCGACAUGUACUGUUCUGUGGGACCCAAGUGAUUCAGUCCAAGCCCGUUGGCCAGCCCAGAGUGGAAGCGGUGGUCUUUCGAACAGGUUUCUCCACGAGCAAAGGAGAGUUAGUGAGGUCCAUCUUGUACCCAAAGCCCAUGGACUUCAAGUUGUACCAAGAUGCCUUCCGCUUCCUGAUGUGCCUGACCUUCAUUGCCACCAUCGGGAUGAUCUACUCAGUCUGCAUCCUCCUCUUCAAUGGCAUGGCGACGAGCAAGGUUGUGCGGAAGGCACUGGACGUGAUAACUAUCGCAGUCUCCCCUGCCCUGCCCGCUGCUGUCACCAUUGGCAUCAUAUACUCCCAGCAAAGAUUGAAAAAGAAGGGAAUUUUCAGUAUUAGUCCACAGAGAAUCAACAUUUGUGGACAGUUGAACCUCAUCUGCUUUGACAAGACUGGAACUCUGACUGAGGAUGGAUUGGAUCUGUGGGGCUUGGCAACAACUAAAGGAAAAGGGUUACAGAGCAUACUGAGGUUCAGCACUGGGGUGCGCUUGCCCUGGGGACCUUUCUUUGGGGCCAUGGCCAGCUGCCACUCUCUGGUCCUUCUGGACAACACCCUUCAGGGAGACCCUCUCGACCUGAAGAUGUUCGAGACCACGGGCUGGGAAAUAGAAGAAAAUGCAGUCUUCAAACACCCAACUGAGGAUGCACAUUCGUUCAUUGUGAAACCAGGACCAACAGCUUACAAGGUGUCGAAGGCGGGGAUUGUUGUCCUGAAGCAAUACCCGUUCUCAUCCCAACUGCAACGAAUGUCGGUGGUAACGCAGGUGAUUGGCAAGGCAAGUCUGUCCAUCUACAUGAAGGGGGCGCCCGAAAUGGUCGUCCGUCUCUGCAAACCCCAGACAGUUCCCCGCAGUUUCUCGAGGGAACUCCAGCGCUACACGAAGCAGGGAUUCAGGGUCAUUGGCUUUGCCUUUAAAUGCAUCUGGGACGCCAGUAACGUCAGUGUGGGCAGCUUAACCAGGGAAGUUGUGGAAUCUGACUUGAUAUUCCUUGGCCUACUGAUUCUGGAAAACAAACUAAAGCCUCAAACAAGACCCGUGUUACUGGAGCUGUCCAAGGCCAGGAUUCGCACGGUGAUGAUCACAGGGGACAACCUGCAGACGGCUGUCACGGUGGCCAGGAACUCUGGCAUGAUCCCAAUGGCCCACAGAGUCAUCCUCGUCGAAGCCUCAAAGGCAGAGAUAUCUGGCACAGCGGUUAUCAGCUGGAGAGUGGUGGAGAACGGCAAGGAUCAUCAUCAGUCGUGUGCUGGUGAAAGUAAAAUAGCGAUGGAUGACUUUGAAAAGAAUAAAGACUUUCACUUUGUAAUGACGGGGAGAUCUUACGAGAUUCUGGUUCACCACUUCUACCAUUUACUGCCCAAGUUGCUGCUUAACACCACUGUCUUUGCCCGGAUGUCACCCAACCUGAAGGGCAGCCUCAUCGAGGAGUUCCAGAAACUGGAUUACUACGUGGGCAUGUGUGGAGAUGGUGCGAAUGACUGCGGGGCUUUAAAGACAGCCCACGCAGGGAUCUCCCUGUCAGAACACGAGGCCUCUGUAGCUUCGCCAUUCACCUCGAAAAUACCCAACAUUGACUGCGUUCCACAGCUCAUCAAGGAGGGUAGGGCAGCUGUGGUCACGUCAUUCUGCAUCUUUAAGUACAUGGCCGUCUACAGCAUGAUCCAGUACCUUGGUGUUUUGUGUCUCUACUGGGAAGCAAAUACCUUUGGGAACUAUCAGUUUCUGUUUGAGGAUUUGGGAAUUACAACAAUUAUUGGUAUUACGAUGAGCCUGAACCAGGCGUAUCCAAGCCUGCACCCUCACCAGCCGCCCGCUCAACUCAUCUCACCCCCCUUGCUGCUCUCCGUCAUUCUCAACGUCAUCCUCAGCCUGAUCUUGCACAUGUUUGGAUUCAUGUUGGUGCAGCAACAGCCUUGGUACUCGCCCACCGAUAUCCACAGCGCAUGUCAUCCUGCAAACCUGAGCAGCAUUGGCGUGGACACCAGUAAUAGCACACUGACCACCAAGUCCAUCUCGCACGAAUCCGAUGAAGAUUUCUUCAGGAGUUAUGAGAAUACGACUGUGUAUCUUCUGUCUAUUUUCAGUUGUGUGACCACCGCCAUUGUCUAUUGCAAGGGGAAGCCGUACCGCAAGCCCAUCUACACCAACCAUGUAUUUUUGAUCAUCGUCUUGGCCCAGAUUGUAAUGUGCCUGUAUUUCCUGUUUGGUGAUGAAGGAGUCAUGUACAAUGCACUGGGACUUGUUUGCACCCCCACAUAUUGGAGGUUCUACAUUCUGGCGAUGAUUGUGGUUCACUUCCUGGUCAUUAUCGCCAUUGAGGAGUUGGUGGUAGAGAACACACAUCUCUGGCUCUUUCUGAAGAAGUGUUGCAAGAUAAAGUCCAGGCGGCGUUACAAGGUGAUUGGGAGGAUGAUUAUGGAGGAGCCGGGCUGGCCACCGCUGGAUGGGUCAGGGUUCACGUCCGUCCCCUCGAUGGACGGAGAGCUUCAGCAGGAACACUCCCAGCACAGACCCCGGAGAGGCAGCAGAGAAUCCCCCCGCACACUGGCCGUGCCCGCUUCACCGCCGGCCAAGGAGAGGACCUGCAGCGCCAACCAGGAGCAGGACGACCACUUGUAGCACCAACGCAGGAUCGCAUUUACCCAUCAGUCUGUCUGUCUCUCCACCGUUCCUGCCCCCCUCUAGAACCUGUCACGUUGCACACCAAGGUACCAUGAUGGAGACAGGCGCAACAUGCUGAAGUAACUCAGGGGGACAGGCAGCAUCUCCGGAGACAGGGAAUGGGUGACGUUACGGGUCGAGACCCUUCUUCAGUGUAAACCAUGAUUUCACCAAAGAAUAUAGUCAUCAAGUUUCUCAACUUUAAUCGCAACUCAACAGAUAUUUAGUUUAGAGACGCUGCGCGGAAACAGGCCCUUCGGCCCACCGAGUCUGUGCCGACCAGGGAUCCCCGCACGCUAUCACUAUCCUACACACACUAGGGACAAUUUACACUUACACCAAGCCAAUUAACCUACAAACCUGAACGUCUUUGGAGUGUGGGGGGGAAACCGGAGCACCCAGAGAAAACCCACACAGGUCACGGGGAGAAUGUACAAACUCCAUACAGACAGCGCCCGUAGUCGGGAUGGAACCCGGGUCUCUGGCGCGGUGAGGCAGCAACUCUACCGCUGCGCCACCACUGCGCCUAUGGGACUAUGUGACAAUGUCACUUUCAUGAAGAAUUAUUCUUGUAUUUACAGCUUUGUGAUAUUACAAUGAUUGUAUCUUUUAUACAGAACAUUACAUUAAAUAAUUGCAGUACUAUCAGUGUUGAAGAAAUAUAAAGAAUGACUUUAGAUUUUGAUGCCUGAAGAUUUUUAUUCUGAUAAGACAUGAGAACGUGACCCAUUGAUCUACAAGCUUCACUCCCGCAAUUGGACAGCUCUCUCCAACGACGUACAGGUUUGUAGGUUAAUUGGCUUGGUAGAAUUGUAAAUUGUCUCUAUUGUGUGUAGGAUAGUGUUAGUGUGGGGGAUCACUAGUGACUGAGGAUGUGGUGGGCCGAAGGAACUGUUUCCGCACUGUAUCUCUAAACUAAACUAAAGUCUCCCACUUGAGUCAUCAGUUUGCUAGCUUCUGUAGUUGCCUGGAAGUUAUUCAGAAUGAUUACAGACCCUGCUGACUCUCUGCACCAAUACUCUGCACCAAGUGCUCACAAUAGUUUUAGACAAUAGACAAUAGGUGCAGGAGUAGGCCAUUCGGCCCUGCGAGCCAGCACCGCCAUUCAAUGUGAACAUGGCUGAUCAUCCCCAAUCAGAACCCCGUUCCUGCCUUCUCCACAUAUCCCCUGACUCCGCUAUCUUUAAGAGCCCUAUCCAGCUCUCUCUUGAAAGUAUCCAGAGAACCAGCCGCCACCGCCCUCUGAGGCAGAGAAUUCCACAGACUCACAACUCUCUAUGAGAAAAAGUGAUUCCUCGUCUCCAUUCUAAAUGGCUUUACCCAUUAUUCUUAAACUGUGGCCCCUGGUUCUGGACUCCCCCCACAUCGGGAACAUGUUUCCUGCCUCUAGCUUGUCCAAACCAUUAAUAAUCAUACGUUUCAAUAAGAUCCCCUUCCAUCCUUCUAAACCAGAGUAUACAAGCCCAGCCGCUCCAUUCUCUCAGCAUUUGACAGUCUUUUGUAUCUUUUCCCCAGGGUGGCAACAUCCAACCUGAGAGGGCAUGGCUAUAGAUGAGCAUUUUGUGUCUGUAUUUUAACGAGAUUUCACUGCAGACAUGAGAGGGUUAGGGUUAGAAGGGUCUCGACCUGAAACGUCGCCCAUUCCUUCUCUCCAGAGGUGCUGUUUGUCCCACUGAGUUACUCCAGCAUUUUGUGUCUACUGUCGAUUUAAACCAGCAUCUGCAGUUCUUUCCUGCAGAUUAAAAGCUGAGCCUUGCCUCGUGCUCCUUGGGGAAAAUAAGGACAUAAGAUGCGGUCGAGCCAUAAAUAAAUCUGGGGUUCAGUCAAACAAAUGACUGAAGGAAAAUAACACAGAUGAAUAAGGCCAUGGUGUUUAAGAUGCUUUCAGAUACGCAAUAGAUACAGCUUUCAGGUGACUGGAGCAAAGUUUAAAAGUGAUGUGCGUGGCAAGUUGUUUUACACAGAGGGUGGUGGGUGCCUGGAACGCGCUGCCAGGGGUGGUGGUGGAGGCAGCUAUGAUAGUGGUGUUUAAGAGGUUUUUGGAUGGGCACAUGGAUAUGCAGGGAAUGCAGGGAUAUGGAUCACAUGCAGGCAGAGAGAUUAGUUUAGUGGCAUCAUGUUCGGCAUGGACAUCGUGGGCCGAAGGGCCUGCUCCUGUGCUGGACUGGUCUAACCUAUACACGGCUUUACUCCUAGUCUGAAGAAGGGCCCCCACCCAAAACAUCAUCAGUCCAUUCCCUCCGCAGAUAUUGCCUGAUCUACUGAACUCCUGAUCCACUGAGUUCCUGAUCUACUG